AUGGGUACUCCAGAAGCCUCGCUGAGGCCGUCGAGCAAGUCCUCGCUUCACGGUUCCGCCGAGUCUACUCUGGCGCCGAGCGGUGUUCCUUCAGUAAUGGAGAAGGGAGAUCGGCCUGCGGGCCAUCCUGCUGAGAGUGCAGAGGUGAAAGAGACGGCGGUCGCGCACACUGAGUCGCGACAAUCGUCGCAGGUUGCCGAUCGCGACGGUGGCGUCCGCACUGGCGGCGACGACGACAAGGAAAUCAGCGAGAAGAUAGAAGCGCAAAAGAAAGAAACGGGAGACUCCAGCGAAGAGGAGGACGACACGGAGUACCCCCAGAAAUGGAGACUCGCACUCAUCACGAUCGCGCUAUGUCUCUCCGUUUUCUGCAUGGCUUUGGAUAACACCAUCAUUGCUGUGGCCAUUCCGCGCAUCACGGAUCAGUUCAAGGCGCUCAACGACGUGGGCUGGUAUGCGUCCGCGUACUUGCUCUGCACAUGCGCAUUCCAGCUGUUCUUCGGCAAACUCUACACCUUCUACAGUGUCAAGUGGACGUAUCUGUCGGCGCUGUUCAUCUUCGAGCUCGGAUCCUUGAUAUGCGGUAUCGCGCCCAAUUCCACGGCUCUGAUCAUCGGUCGUGCCAUUGCCGGCCUGGGUGCCGCUGGCAUCUUUUCUGGAGCCCUUCUGAUCGUUGCUUACACCGUGCCUCUUCGCCAGCGCCCGACAUACAUGGGCCUGGUCGGUGGCAUGUACGGCAUCGCGUCUGUUGCCGGCCCGCUCAUGGGUGGUGCCUUCACCGACCGAUUGACUUGGCGCUGGUGCUUUUACAUCAAUCUUCCUUUUGGUGCCGUGACGGCGAUCUUCAUCAUCAUCUUCUUCAGCUCACCUAAGCGGGCAAAAGAUACAGCCACCACAUGGCGCGGCCAGGUCGCACAGAUGGAUCCCCUCGGCACCGUUACUUUCAUGGCCGGCGUCAUCUGUCUCCUGUUGGCGUUGCAGUGGGGUGGAAGCAAGUACGCCUGGGGCAACGCCCGCAUCAUCGUUCUGCUUGUCCUCUUCGCCGUGCUGGCGACAUGUUUUGUAGCGAUACAGAUUUGGAAGCAGGAGAGGGCAACGGUUCCUCCUCGAAUCUUCAAGAAUCAGAACGUGUGGGGCGGCGCCAUCUUCGCUGCCAUGGUUGGCGGUGCUUUCUUCAUCCUCGUCUACUAUCUUCCCAUCUGGUUUCAGGCUAUCAAGGGCGUAUCUGCCGUAAAGUCUGGUAUCAUGAAUCUACCCCUGAUCCUAGGUGUCGUCGUGCUUAGCAUCCUUGCCGGCGGUCUGACUACAGCUCUCGGCUACUACACGCCGUUCAUGUAUGCCUCGACCGUCUUCAUGGCCGUUGGCGCCGGCUUGAUCACCACCUUCAAGGUCAACACUGGCCACUCCAAAUGGAUUGGUUAUCAGUUCAUCUUUGGCACAGGCGUCGGCCUAGGCAUGCAGCAGACCAUGAUUGCGGCACAGACGGUCCUUCCCAAGGCAGAUAUUGCCAUUGGAACAUCCAUCAUGAUGUUCUCGCAGACGCUCGGAGGCGCGCUCUUCGUGUCUGUCGGCCAGAACGUGUUCACGAACGAGCUGGUCAAGGGCAUCAAGCACUACGUUCCCAACUUGGAUGCAGGGUUCGUGCUGUCCGUCGGCGCGACGGAGAUCAAGAACCGCGUGCCGCCCGCGUCGCUAUCGGGCGUCCUGCAAGCGUACAACGACGCGCUUACGAGAACCUGGUACGCUGCGGUGGCGUUGGCCUGCCUCAGCGGCCUGGGCUGUGCAUUCGUGCAAUGGAAGAGCGUCAAGGGCAAGAAGAUUGAGCCUGCAAUGGCUUAG